AGGUUUUAUAAUAACAUGACGUGGAAUUUAGUGCUAUAUGUUUUUAAAAAAAGCUUAUUGAAUGUCUGAAUGAACUAUUGUCAUAUACGAUAUAUUGGCUGUAACGCAUCUGAUCAUUCACAAGCCAAAUAAUCACCGAAAUAAAACACACGAUCAUCUGAUAUCGAUAUUGUAAGUUGCAGACGACGUUCAAGUGUCUAUGGCAAGGGAUGGAUUGUCACGUGUAAACGUGACUUACAGGGAAUUCAGACUACGCGACCUUGCAAUCAUUAACCUCUUUUAACACAGAAGAGAAGUACUAUUACAACUUGAAGUGAAAUCCAAACUUACAGCCCAGCACCCAAAUACAAACUUGCAGCACGCCACAGGUGGUUGUCAUCAUGGAGGAGCUGAAGGCGACUGCAUGCAAAGCGAUUGAUGCUGCCAAUGUAGAUCUCAAAGCCCUCAGCAAAGAAAUUUAUGACAAUCCAGAACUAAACUUUGAAGAAUUCCACGCGCAUGAGGUCCUCACAAAUCUGCUGGAUAAGUAUGGGUUUGCUGUAGAAAGGAGCUUCAAGGUUGCUACAGCCUUCAAGGCAACCCAUGGAAGUAAUGACAGUGGGGGACCUAAUAUUGCAGUGCUGUGUGAGUAUGAUGCCCUGCCUGGGCUUGGCCAUGCUUGUGGACACAACCUGAUUGCAGAGGUGGGUGUGGCAACAGCUGUUGGUGCCAAAGCAGCAAUGGAGGCUGCUGGAAAACCUCUUGGCAAGCUGACAGUGUUGGGCACACCUGCGGAGGAGGGAGGGGGAGGCAAGGUUGACCUGAUCCGAGCGGGGGCCUUCAGUGGUGUGGAUGUGGCAAUGAUGGCACACCCGUCCCAGUGCAAUCUUCCCAGGCCUAUCAUGGUAGCAAUGAAUCAAGCUACAAUUCAGUUCCGAGGCCGAGCUUCUCAUGCUGCAAGCUUCCCCUGGAAUGGAGUGAACGCUCUCGAUGCUGCCGUUCUCUGUUACCAGAACAUCUCAUGUCUGAGGCAGCAGAUCAAACCAACUUGGAGGAUCCAUGGUGUUAUAUCAAAUGGGGGUGCCAAGCCAAACAUCAUACCUGAAUUAACAGAGCUGCAAUACAUGAUCAGGGCGCCCACGGACCCGGAACUAGCCGUCCUAAAAACCAAGUUUGAGGCGUGUGUAUAUGGAGCUGCUCAAGCCACAGGAUGUACUGUGGAGUGUCAGUUUGAUGACAAGCCGUACUCAGCACUGAUGAGCAACAAUAUCCUGGCAGCGCUGUAUGAAGCUAACGGUGUUCAGGUCGGCAUCCAGUUUGAGCAAGACCCCGCCAAGAUUGCCAAGCAGGGAGGUUCAACUGACAUGGGCAAUGUGUCGCAUGUCGUACCCAGUAUACACCCCAAGUUCCACUUUGGGACAACAGCCAGUGGUCACUCUGUAGACUUUGCCAAGGCUGCAGGUAGAGAGGAGGCACAGGACUACACACUGUCUGUGGGGAAGGCUCUAGCUAUGACGGUCAUCGACCUGUUUCUGAACCCGGACCUGAUACCCCAGAUACAGGGACAGUUCAGGCUGGAUCUCCAGAAAGAGGAACAGCUUGUUGUGUAGAUUCAGAGUUACCUCAUCUCCUGGAGGAGGAACAAGAUGCUCUGUGGAGUCAGUGUGGCCUUAUCUGCAGAAUGAAGAAUAUAUGGUGGUGUGGCCUCAGUAUUACCAUAUCUGAAGAAGGAGGAAGAUAUGAAGUAUCCCUUCCAUCAAACGUUUCCUUAAUUCUGUAAUACUAUACAUGAACAUUUGUUACCAUAAAAAUGUUAUUCCGGUUUCAAGAACAUUGGGAUCAUAACAGGGUAAAUUCAUGGAUGUCAUCAUCUUCAUUAUAAGGAGCAGAAAAUGUUGGAGUAUAUGUUCACUCCUUUUAUAAUCUUACUCAACCUGAUGCAGGAGUGAGAAUAUACCCUCAAACAUUGUGUGCCUUAAAUUUAAGCAGUUGACAUCCAUAAGAGUUCCCUGUUUACCUCUAAAUGCUAUCUAAAGACUUUUUCAUCGAACAGACCCAUUAAACAGCAUGGUUCUAUUUACGCUAUUUCACUACAUACAGCGUUCAGCUCACCUUGUCUGUGAUGAGCUACAGUACCUUGUUACUAUUGAUCCUGUGAUGUUACUUCAGCUGGGAUUGUCACACGGUGUGUCAGUUGACAAUUCACCUUGUCUGUAUGUGGUGAGUGAGUGAGUUAGGUUUUAUGCCACACUCAGCAAUAUUCCGGCUAUAUGGCGGCGGUCUGUAAAUAAUUGAGUCUGGACCAGACAAUCCAGUGAGUAACAGCAUGUGUCAACCAAGUCAACGAACAUGACCACCCGAUCCAAUUAGUCACCUCUUAUGACAAGCAUAGGUUACUGAAUAUCAAUUCUAAAACAGAUCUUUAGGGUCCUGUAUAUGGUAAACUACAGUACCUUGUUACUAUUUGUCCUGUGAUAUUACUUCAGCUGGGAUUGUCACACAGUGUUUCGUUGGAAAAUUAACCUUGGAGCAGAAAAGAGCUUGAUAUCAGUUCCUUAUGACAAUCUAUUAUCAUAUUGGUGCUACUGUUAUAUCUUAGCCCCAUUUCUGGUGUCCGCCGCCGUAAUAUUGCUAAAAGCGGCGUAAAACCACACUCACUGUCACUGUUAUAUAUUAGUAUGUUGUGUAUUGGAAUGUAUCAGAAAGCAUUGUAAUGGAUGAUGUUUACAUGAAAAUCAGAUGAAGAUCCAUAAAAUCCUAACUCAUCCAAUCCUGCAAGGCUUGAAGAUCCAUCCAUGUGCAAACAAUACUAAUACUGUAUAUUAAGACCACUUGACAUACCAGUACCCUUCACAGUGUUUGUGUUGCUGUGAGACUGUAGCCUGCCAUAGCGCUGAAUAAGUAGUAACUUGCUGUGACCAUCAGCAGUUAAUGUAUACUUAACUGCAAAGGAAAUGCAAGUUGUACAUAAAAUUGGAUAACAUUAAGACCAGCAAUGUAAGGAAUGUAGAGGAAUAAUAUCAGAUAAAACAUUUGUUAAGUAAUCCGCAUGAAUUGUUUGAUGAAAACAAUUUGUGUUUAUUGACAAAAUGAUGAAUGAGGUGAGCAGUGUGUUUCUUUGCGUUUGUAUACACAUCUUUUCACAAAGAAAUAUUUUCUGCAUUUCACAAACAAAAGAACUUGAUAUGUGUAUUUUUUGCUCUCAAGUGCUGGUAUGAGUCUUUUCUGGAACGUUAGGUCAGUAUCUUGGGUCAGGAUGACAGCAGUACUUUGAGCUUCACGGUAUAUUCCCCAGGGAGAUGAGACAGCAGUGCGUAUAUUGAUCUGUUCAGUGGGAUAAUGUGUCAUACACUUUUGUGGUGUCUAGUGUUAGAUACAGCUAAUAAAAGUACUAUCAUUAUGAUGUGAUUAGACUGCAUUGACAAACAGGAUAUUGUAACAUGUUAUAUAUGGGAUUACACUUUUGUCAUAUGUUACAUUUGACAUUUACACAUGUAUUCAAAACAGGAUUUUAUCCCCUGCUAACACCUCUGUGUUAUUUGUUUGGCUAAUCCAAGCUGUUUUAGUGUUCUUGUGUUGCAUUACUGCAUGGAAUGAUGUCACUGAUUUCAUAUUAUUAUUCCUGUGUGUGUAUAAUAAGCAGUCUGUUAGGUUAUUGUUAUUAUUAUGAAUGUACUUUUGUUAUGACAAUUGACUUCAGUUUUUGUUGUGCAGCAGAAUUAUGUUAAGUGGAUUCACACAUUUGCACAUUUAUAUCUCCAUAAAUGGAAAUGAUAAUGAAGUCAGUUGUUAAAUCCAAACAGUUUAUUUAAUGAAACAACUUCAUGAGAUGGUGAAAGAAGGGAAGGUGAUGAAUGUAUCUUGAUGAUCUGAUUUGUUUCAGUAUUUUAUUUGGAACUCUGUGCAUUUACUAACCAGAAAUUGUCUUCUGGUGUAUAUAUACCCUACAUGACCUAUUGACAUUGUCACCUGUCUUAUGUCAGUGUUAAAGAUGGGAGUUAUGAUUGUUGUUGUCUGGUGUGGGCACGAGUUUUACACAGGACAUACCAGUAUGUAGAUACAGCAUUCAACAUGUGAGACCCUGAUUUAUUGUGGAAUGAACAGAUUUCACUGAUCUAUUUUCACAGAUUUUCUGCAUAGAAGGAAUAAACUAUAAGUAUUGUCA